AUGGAUGUCGGCCGAGAGCGCCUGCUGAACUACCAGUCCUGGGAUUCCUGGAUCGCUGACUGGCUUCACAGCGAGAGUUCUGCCAACAAAGAACAGAAGGUGGAGCGAAAAGUUCGGCCUCCUCAAGCCUUGGAACCAGUCGACAAAAGUGAAUGCAACUCACGCAGCACGUUGCCGAGGACCACUUCUGGGGUCUUUGGUUUGCGACGUCGGAGAUGGCAUACGAGAAGCGCUAGCAGCAGCAGUAGCAGUGCGAGCAGCGGAAACGCACUGACCGAUACCCUAGAAAAUACCAACGUGGAGAAAAAGAAGCAGAUCCGGGGUGAUAUCAGCGCUGAUACAUCAACCAAGAGCACCAAAUCGAAGAGUAAGAAGAACACAGAUUCCGUAACCACAACAGAAAAGAGCAAACGGUCUACCAACAAGACCAGGCGUCCACCAAGUUCCAGCAAUCUGUCAGAACAACCUUCCAGUUGUACAACCCCCUCGGCGAAUAAACGCGUCCGGCCGAGUGGAGACAUUCGUCCAAAGACGCAGCAACAUCUUCCAACUCUGCCCUACAGCAGUAUGAAGAAGACACGGAAAACUUUAACGAAACCGGAUCAGAUUUCUGAUAGUAUUAGCACUUCCAGGAAAAGGGAUGUGAGUAGAAGUAAACGAACUGGUUCCUCUUCGGGAACGAGGACCCGCCCGCGUAGCAGGACUGCAAAGAGGCCAACAACACAGUCUAGUCGGGAAUCUCGGUCACCUGACUCUGAAGUCAGAAGUGCGAUCCCUAAGCCGAGAACGCGGCUAUUACGUGAGGCAGAGAGGUUAGCUAAACUAACAUCAGAAGGGAAUGAACUCACACCGCCAGUAACAGAAUGCCCUUCCAAGGACCACGCGAAGAAAUCCAUAGCACGGAGUAAACCUUCCUACCCUAGACCUCAGGUCCCAUCUCAAACCGGCGCAAAGGCUAAACAUCGACAAGUUCCAGACACGUGGGAUGAAUUGAAACGACUGAAAGAAGCCCAUGAAUCGAGGAGUUACUCGGUGCUUAAAAGGAUUUCGGACGAAUUAGAGGCCUUUAGACGCUGUCCUCUCAAGUCGAAGCUCGAUAACGCUUCUAACGCGAUGGAGGAGAAAAUCUUCCAGAAGAACGCCCACCCAGCCAAUCUGGCUUGGCAGAAGAGAGGUACGCGAAAGCCGCCCUCAAGAGCCCACAGCCGAUGUGAGAGCAGACGCAGAGUCCGUCGUCUAGAGGAGGAGAAAGAGAAGAUUGAACGUCACAGAGAGUUUAUGCGGAAGGCUGGAAUAAAGAUAAAGCGGGCAGGCGGGGCGAAAGAGACCAGUGGCAAUCCGUGGACGAAUGCGAACAAUUACACCUCAUCCACCGACUCGGGCCCAUUCUUGCGUCUGUCUGAGCUACGUUCGACCAGUGAGUCUGAGGAUGCAGGUAGUAAGGGAAUGCCUACAUUCGAGGAACCUCCGCUUCAAGGUCUCACAUCAAUGCUGUCAACUUCGUCGGCGGGGAUGGGUGCACAUCCUCCGGCUUCCGAUGUGGGAUCGAAGAAUGAUGGUCUGAUACCACCCAAAUCGACGACUGCAGCAGGGGAAGCCAAGGAGACCGAGGAUUUGACCUUGAAGUUGCCACCAAGCGCCAUGAGUAGCUUGACAGGGACGAGUUCACCAAGAACGAGGUCCCCUACGUCAGAGAGCGCUUCUUCCUCCAAGAAGACGAGGAAUAAGGGUAAGAUGAAGGUGGAAGAUAGCGCAAGGAGUGGAUCAAGGCCUAAACGGGGGGAAAAAGUUACUGGAGCCGGCGAAAUAUCCGACGGCAAAAAGAAGUCCAAAGAUAAAAGUAAAAAGGGAAAGGCAGGCAGUAAGAAGGGAAAGGAGAAAAAGGAGAGCAAAAGUAAGAAGGAAGGUGGAAAGAAAAAGAAGGCGGCUGGUAAGAAAAACGGAAAGGGUGUUGGGAAAAAAGCGAAAAAGGCAGCAAGGGUGAAGAAUCAGAGCAAUAGCAACGGUCUCGACGAACGAUUCUCGUCCUUCUCCACGACAUCCACCGAAAAUCCAAACGAUCAAACGCUCAAGGCUGUGCCUGACCUUGAUUUCUUCAUGGUGGAGACUGAGGAGGAGGAGGAGAAUUCCAGUGAGGAGAAUCCCUUCCUUUCCCAGCAGUCAGUCUCCUUUGACAGUGAGACCCUCAACCUUUUGGACACAGCCCUGAGUCGUGGAAAGCGUGUGGCGUUGAGUCCUCUCAGAAGACGCCCACAGAAAGCCUCCUCCUUGCAUCCUAAGAGCGCCAGUCAUCCGAAGAAGGCUUUCAAUGCUGGCAGCAACGAUCAGAGUCGAAGGAGCAUUCCAAGAAAGUCGGUCGGAGGCAGGAAUCCCGCCUCGAGUUCCCUGCCUCGGAAAUUUGCUGAGAGGGCGUCGUCGGCUGGGAGUGGUCGGGGGCAGAUUCAUGCUGUCGCCCGAGCUCACAGUCAAAGUCCAGUGAUAGGCAAUCGAGGAUUUAAGCCUGUGGCAGUCGCCGCGGGGAGCAAGCAAGUUGAAAAACAGGCGGUUGGAACGGCGUCUCUGCAGACGAACAACGCCAGCGCGGAAACUGCCAGAAUGCUUCGGAAACUUCACCUGACGCACCUAAACAAAAUCCUUGGAAGCGGCGGCCUUGACAGUGGUAAGAGGCGAGAACGUGGUUUCCAGGGGACAGCCGGGUUGGGGACUACUUGCAACAACUCCGUCGAGGGACAGAAGGGGGAGGAUGCCGUGAAUGAGGAGGAAGAGGAAGAGGAGGAGGAGGAGCGGAGACCGGCAGAAGCCGAGACUGUGCAAAUUCCACUCACUGGGUGCACAACUGGGUCCAACAGACUUCACUAUGAUAACAACAGCAGCGGGGAUGACGAUGCCGCUAACGAUGAUGAUGAGGAUGAGGAGGAGGGGGAGGGGGAGGAAAAGGAGAAGGAAGAAUACAGCUGUGAGGACUGUUCCAGCUCUGAGGAAGACAGCUGCACUGACGAUGAUUUGUCCAUCGAGGGCAAGGAGUUGCAGAUUUACGUAACCAUUACAAGCUCCGAGAUAGAUGACAUUGCCAUGCCCUUCAGAGCAAGUAAUGCAAUGCACCGAGCCCUCGCAGAGGCCUACAAAAUGUACGUGGAAAACAAAGCUCGAAGACAGGCCUUCUUCACAUUGGGGGGAGAAAGAAGACACGGAGCGUCAUCACUGAGGAGCCCUUGGCCGGAACGAGCUACGAAACCGUCCGUCAAACCCACCGUGAAUGUGUUCAGGCUGGUUCAAAGGUUUCUGAAGAGAUCGGCCACCGCCAGGAAGCGGCGACAUCCACGUCAGAGUUCGCAAAAUAACCGGGCGGUGGAACGUAUAAACAGUGGUCGCUCUUCAAGACGUGUCAUCAAACAAACCUACCGGCCCAUGCGACUAAACUCCCGCCACCCUCUGCGGCGCGUACUCCAAUACUUGAGCAGCCAGCACGAUCGACGCAUAUUUUCGAUUGAGAACCAAAUUGACGGACGAAUGCUGCUGGACGAGGACAGAGUUUACUUUGUGCACGGGCUGCCAUGCCUGCUUUUGCGAGUGCUGGCGCCAAGCUUUGCAGACAUACGGCGUGGGCUGACCCUGAUUGAGGAGAUGAUGCCUCGGCUGUUUGCCCGACUCUUGGUCGCUGAUCGACUGCCCAGUAUGCACUUACGUGAGGAGAGUACAAGGGCACCCACCAAAAACAAUUUUACCAAGUGCGGCUGGUAUCAGAAUCGCUUCAGGGAGCCUGCCUUUGUCGCAUCAAUGCACUACUUCGGAAUGACUCCGGCAGGCUUCCGUGUGAAUCAGGCCCAAUGGGAUUGCCCAGGCAGGCGAUGCAGGGAUGUUGAAUUAUUCGCGCAGGGCGAUCCUGCGUUUGCGUCAGAUCUGUGUCUAAUACAAUCACGUGAUUUACUUUCCGCCGAAAGGAAACAUUUUAUUUUAAGUUAG